AUGACAAAGAAAAGAUUGUCAGGCUUUUGGUUCAGCAUGACAAUAAUGAUAAGAAUCUCUCUCUCUGUUAUUCCCAUUGUGGGGCUUGGAGGCCUCAGAAAGACCACACUUGCAAAGUUUGUGUUUAAUGAUAAGAAAAUAAAUGAGUAUUUCUCAUCAAAGAUGUGGGUGAGUCUUUCAGGUAACUUUGACAUGAAAGAAGUGAUUAUUAAGAUCAUCAAUUCUGCUAAUGACUCUGCUAAAGUGGAUGCUCCUGCUUACCAACUAAAUUAUAGAGAUUUAGAUAUCGAGCAACUGCAAAAUCAUCUUAUAAACAAACUUAAUGGUCAAAAGUUUCUACUUGUCUUAGAUGACGUGUGGAAUGAAGACUGUGUGGAAUGA